GUUAGUCUUUUAGUGUUGUAAAUAUAUUUACUAUUUAGUCCUCCGUAUUGAGGUUAUUUUAGACUUUUGUGCAACACUCAACGGUUGAAAUUAAUGGAGAGACUAAUUAGUAUAUUUUUUAAAAUCAAGAGACUAUCUAAUGGUUUUAUUGAAUAGUAAUUUUUCCAAAAUUAAAAGAAUAAAAUUAAAUUGGAAUCUUUUUCAAAAAAUAAUAAUAAUAAAAAGGAAAAAUAACUAUUUAGUUCCUCAGCUUAAGUGAAACUCAUUAGUUGAUGCCCACAUUUUCAAACCACAUUAAAAUGUUCCUCACUUUUCAUGUAAUUAACUAAAUAAUCUCUCUGACCAAUUUAAGCCUCAUUUGCCGUUAGUCAUAGGAGAGAGAAAUCUUUUUUGGGCCAUAAACACCCUUGGUCUUUUAUUUUCUCUUAUAUUAAGUUCGUCCCUCCUAUAUCGUCCCUGUCUUCUUCAUUGUAAGGGUUUCUGCUCUCUCUUCUUCAUUGUAAGGGUUUUUGCUCUCCUUGAUUAAUCUCCAUCUUCUUCAAUUCUUAAAAGUGUCAUAUUCUUCUGGUAGUACAAUGAGUGGGUGGGGGUGUAAGGAAGACUGUAAAUUGCUGCUUGUAAAGGUAGAAAGAGUUGAAGGCUUGCUGGGUCAAUUGAAAGCAAUUGUUGUGAUUCUUAUUGUAGCCUUGGUGUUUAUUAGGAUGACGAUGAAGUAGAUUUAGUGGUAUUAGAAAUGUAAAAUGUACUGGUUGAAAUUGUAAUGAAAUUGUAUUUGAUGCUUUGCUUUGUUAUAUGUUCAAGGUUCAUUGUACCAGUAAUGGAAGGACUAAAUGAUAUUCCUAUUAAUUACUUAGGGACUAAAUAGUUUUAAGUAUUAUAAAAGAGGGACUAUAUAGUUAAUAUGGAUAGAAUUGAGGGACUACAUAGUAUAUAGUUAAUAUUUAUAAAAUUGAGGGACAACAGUGUUGUCAAUUUAAUGACAAAAAUUAAAGUAGAGACAACAAAAUCCUUAUUGUAAACAACCCAUGCUUUUAACAUGUUAUGUAAAAGCAACUCCAAUCAGAUUGUGAAACGCAGCCACCCGAGUUUGGUUGUAGUGAGGUUAGUUUUUUUUUAAAUUUGGGGGUUUAGUUGUAUUCAUAAAGAAGGACCAAGGGUAGUCCAGUUAUUUCGCACCUCAAUAAUGUUUAAAUUAGAUGGAGGGACUGUUAGUUAAUUACUUAACGUGGGGAUGACUUAAUGUGGUUUUGGAAAUAUGGGGACCAACUAAUGAGUUUCACUAAAACUGAGGGACUAAAUAGUUUUUUUUUCCAAUAAAAAAUAAACCUAAACCUCGAAUAUUGUUGUGUUCCGACUGCAUUUUCAUUAAUUCUUUCUGAGUCUGAAUACACAGUCGGCCCCACACCCCACUUCCCUCGGCCUUGCAUAUGCGCCCCUCUCUAGAUCUGUUGCUUCUUAGUCUCACCGCUCAUCAUUAGUCACGCCUCUGCCCCUCAGUUGCAUUGAUCUAGUCUCAGCACCGCUCCUCCAUCAAAGCCGCUGAUCUGUUGUUCUUAGUCUCACCGCUCAUCAGUAGUCAUGCCUCUGCUCCUCAGUCGCAUUGGUCUAGUCUCACCACCGCUCCAUCAAAGCCGCUUCUCUCUCUCAACACUGCUCCACUGCACCUCUCUUGCUGCCUUGCUUCUCCUCCAUUGCCACUUGCUUCUCCCACAGUAUCGGGAAAUGGGGAACACACCUAUACAUGAUGAUGGCACUGGACAGUGGCAUCUAUGGUAGAAUUCUAAAAACUAUAUAAAUGCCAUGACUUUUCUUUCUCAAAUCUGGCAAUGGUGACUUCUUUGUACCUCAAAUGGCAAAUCAGAAACUUUUGCAAGCAUUCAAGGCAUCCAAUCCCACAAUCCUCACUUCAAUAUCGAGCCAAGAAAUUGCAGCAAGGAUUGCUAAAAUCCUAAUAAAAUCAGGUCCAGAACACCUUGAAACCGCACCUCCUCUGCUUUCAAAUCUUGAUUCUCACAUAACCAACCUUGUUCUUUUGAACCCAAGUCUCCCACCCAGAUGUUGCUUGACUUUCUUUAACUUCCUUAAAAGAAAUCAAUCCCUUGUUUGUCAUAAACCUGAUCUUCGAGCCCAUGUAAUCCUCAUUUCUAGAUUAUUUCAGGCUAAAAAAUUUGCGGCAAUGAAGAAUGUUUUGACUUGGAUUGUUAUGGAUAAUAAUCUUCUAUCCUCAUUUGCAGACAUGGUUUAUUUGAUUGAUAAUGGAUUUCAUGAGCCAAAAUUUGUUGAAACUAUGUGUGAUAUGUUGUUUAGAGUUUAUGCAGAUAAUAACAAGUUUGAAGAGGGUUUGCAGGUAUUUGAUUAUAUGGGGAAUAAUGAAUUAAUGAUUGACCAUAGGUCAUGUAUAGUGUAUUUGCUUGCUUUGCAGAGAUGUAAUAAAGUGUUGAUGUGUUUGGAUUUCUUUAGAAAAAUGGUCAAGAAUAAGGUAGAUAUUACUGUUUAUUCUAUGACAAUUGUGGUUAACGUGUUGUGUAAGAAAGGCAUGGUUGACAGGGCUAAGGAUUUAAUGAUUGAAAUGUCUGGUAAGGGGAUUAAACCAAAUGUUGUCACAUAUAAUACACUUAUAAACUCCUACAUUAAAAAAAUGGAUGUUGAACGAGUUGAUGAGAUGUUGAGGUUAAUGGAGAUGGAUAAAGUUGUAUGCAAUGCUGCUACUUAUACACUUUUGAUCGAUCUGUAUGGCAGUUUUGGUAAGAUUGAUGAUGCUGAGAAAGUUUUUGUAGAAAUGCAUGAGAAAGGGAUAGGAGUUGAUAUUCAUCUGUAUACCUCGAUGAUUAGUUGGCAUUGUAAGUUGGGGAAUAUGAAAAGGGCAUUUGUGUUGUUUGAUGAGCUUACUGAGAAAGGCCUUCAUGCAAAUGCUCACACUUAUGGUGCUUUGAUUGACGGUGUUUGCAAAUCCGGGAAAAUGGAUGCAGCUGAGAUUUUGGUGAAUGAAAUGCAAUGUCAAGGGCUUGAUGUGAAUCAGGUGAUAUUUAACACGCUUAUAAAUGGGUAUUGCAAAAAAGGAAUGAUUGAUGAGGCAUUAGGGGUUCAGGAUGUAAUGGAAAAGAAAGGAUUUGAGAAUGAUAUAUUCACUUACAACACCAUUGCCAAUGGGUUGUGUAAAUUGGAUAGGCUUGAGGAUGCAAAGAGAUGGCUAUUUACAAUGAUUGAUAAAGGUAUUAACCCCAAUGCUGUGAGUUUUACUACUUUGAUUGACAUAUAUUGCAAGGAAGGGAAUUUGGUGGAAGCAGAAAGGUUGUUUCAGGGGAUGAAGAAAAAGGGUGAGAAGCCUAAUAUUGUUUCAUAUAAUGCUCUAAUGGAUGGGUAUGGCAAGAAAGGGAAAUUGAAGGAGGCUUAUCAACUAAAAGAUGAAAUGGAAGCUAUGGGAAUAAUUUCUGACAUUUAUACAUACACAUCACUUAUGCAUGGGGAAUGCAUUUUUGGGAAGAUUGAAAAGGCCUUGAAUUUGUUUAAUGAAGUGCGUCAAAAGGGUUUAGUAAUCAAUGUGGUUGCUUACACAGUGAUAAUAUCUGGCUUGUCAAGGGCAGGAAGAUCAGAUGAAGCUUUUAGAUUGUAUGAUGAGAUGAAAGAAGCAGGCCUCGUCCCUGAUGAUAGAGUAUAUACGUCCCUUGUGGCCAAUCUAUAAAAACUUACUUUAGGCGUUGGCUUUAAAACAUUAACCAAAAAAGUACAGCAAUCUAUGACUUCACUGGUAAAAGUUUUGUGGGCCUUGUGAUAAUGAGCUUUGAGAAAUUCAAAUUGGCUUCUGAUUUGCCACUUGUGCUUAUUGGCUGACGAGAACUGCUGGGGAGGUUAUUUUUCAGCAAUCCAGGACAAGUCAUUUGGGAAAUUCUUGCCUAGGUUGAGUGAAUGAAAAUUAUUGAAGUAUUUGAAAUUUUUAAUCCCCAUCCAAACGAGCACUCCUGAUAUUUCCAAAGAUUGGCUUAAUGCUAAGCUUUCUGAUAUUUCUCCACAAGUAUCUCUCACCUGAAGUAUGUGACCAAUAUGCAGCUGUAACUGUAAUGCGGAUUUGAAAACUUCAUGGACCAAUGGUAAUCCAGUUAGACAAUUACAUGCAUUUCAUUCUCCAGCUUGAUGAAUCAUUUAUUGGGUUUAUAAUUUUUUUUAUAUUGCAGAAUAGAAAUUAUUGUGGAUUUUCCAAUGGGUUGAUGAGUCAUUUCCAAAUCAUACUAAAUAAAUUAUUUCUGGUUUGUUGAGGAGAAUUGAAGCUCAAGACAGAGAAAUUGCAGCUAAGAAGUUGUUGAUAGAAGUAAUGUGUUGUGGAUUUUAUAUUAUAUUUGAGAAAAUUGUAAUAGAAAAGUAAUUGACAGAUUAUAUUGUAAAUUAUGAAAAUUUAGGAAAUAUGUAAUUAAAUUUAGGUUGAUGGGGUUAAUUUUUAUAACUUUUGCUUAAUGUUGUAGGCUGCGAUGUCUGAAACUAAGA